AUGAGCUUACACGAGGAGUGGCUAAUGCAAUGGGAAUCGCCACCAAGGAAUGCUCUUCAGUUACGCAAUUCGGAUAUGGAACGAAUCUGCCGAGCAUUGACAACUCAACGCGACGUGUAUGAAUUAUGUCUCGUGCAUCCAAUUUGGCAAAAGGCAGCGACCGACGUACUAUGGGAAGCACCUCAAUUCCGAACACUUGUGUCAUUUGAUCGUUUCGUCAAGUCUGCUAGUCAACAUAAACGCCUUGCUAUGGUUGUCAAGCGACUGAGUCUGAUGUUACAUGACCAACACGUUGACACGGUCUUUGUCCCACAUGUCUAUUCCGAUCUAUCACAUCAUCGACAUUGCCAUUAUAAGCUCACUGAAUCAGACCUCAUUCAACAUUUGGCACAACAAUGCGAACGGAUUCAAGCACUACGCAUCUAUGGAUGGUUUCUUCACCCCGUUGACCUUGAAUCUCUCGGCAGUCGUCUUCAAGAUCUCGAGGAUCUUACUUUGGUGGGGUGCAGUUCCGAUAUUGCUCGUCCCGGUGUUAUUCAACGUGGCCUCUUGUCAAAGUUACGUCGCUUGUGUCUCGAUGGCCCUUUUAUGCUAUCCGAAUCCUUUAUCACUGCUUUGAAGAAUCGUGCUCUUUCUCUUCAAUCACUACAAAUCCCUUUACCAAGGAAUCGGGAUCACAUGAUAUCAUCGUCUGGCAACAUCAGCAAUAACGACCCAUAUGCGCGAGCUACUCAUGCCCUCAUCAAGAGCCUUGCACGUACUGGAUUGGAGCUCCGUUCAUUGACAUUGACGAGUGCCCUUUACAUGAAUCAUGAUCAUGUACGCACGUUGACCCAGAACUUCCCUGAAUUGGAAGAAUUGGCCAUCGACGGCAUCCUUGGCAACAGCACGUAUGCAACGAUCAUGGCAUUGACACACAGCUUGGGUCUCAAGAGCUUGGAUAUUCGUGCUGAUGAGAACAGCGUGCCUAAUGAUCCGAACGAAGAUGAUGAUUCGAUUUGCUAUCCACAUGGUCCUCUUGUAUUGGAAAAGUUGCUGCUGACGAAUGUUGAUAUCACUGACAAGCAGCUUAUGAAGGCCACUGAUGAAGCCCAUGAAAUCAAAAUCCUUGGCUUAUCCCAUUGUCCUUGGGUGACGAAUCUUGGUGUUAUUCAUCUCGUUGAUCAUAGCCCUUUGCUUCACACGCUACAUUUGAUUCAUUGCAGCCAUAUCACUGAUUCCUUCUUCGAGUAUUUGGGUGACAUGAACACGACAGCUACCAUCCAUGACAUUCACGUGGAGCAUUGUGGUGCACUUCAUCCCCGUGUCUUACACCAAAUGUGUUGUCGUGGCGUUUCUCAUGGAUUAAGACGCAUCAAGCUGGUGGGAUACGACAACAUUAUGAGAUCAGUGAUUGGGAGAUACGCAGCAGUCGACCAUGACACCAACAGUAUUACGCUCGAUCAACAAGCCAUUAUGAGGAUCGCUGAGCUGGAUGUAUAUGAUCACCGGGAUCUCACGCCUACGCUUCAGAAUCAUUAUCUCACAGGCGAGCACAUUGUUCUUCUCUCCAAAGAGCUGGGGAUCUCUGUUACACGUCUUGUGGAAGCCAUUGAACGAGUACAACAGUGUGAUAGCGACUCUCUUCAACAACAUCAAAAUAAGGAAGCCUUGACAACACCACCCAGUUAUGAGGAAUCACCUACUCGGAGCGAGAAGCCAUCUGCUACGAAGUCAAUAUCCACCACUCCAUUUCUAUGGGACCCUGCCGAUCAAUCCAAUGCUGAAGAGUACAUCCAACAACCAAUCUUGCCACCACGCGUUGAAGAAUCUUCUCUUGAUGAUGAUCGAUCAGACACAAACACGCCUUCAUUCAAAUCGAUAACAUCUGAUCGAGGAGAAUCACCAACUUCAACACAUUCAACUAUCAUCGAGAAUUAUCGACAGCAUGAUGAACAGGUUGAGGAAGAUGAACCAAGCAGCUUUGGGAAUGAGUAUAGAUCCGACUUUGGGAGCACCAGCCAAUCUGAUAUGGACCUAGGUGGAUGGGGCACUGUUGGUUCAUGGGAUAACACAGCUUCCAAAUCAAAGUCAACAUCAGUAUCACCUACUCACAAGCAACAAUCACAAGAAGGAUGGGGAGCUGAAAGCGUUACAGAAUGGGAUCAUGUCAAGCAACAACGGCAGCAACAUGAACAACAUCAACCAUCAACCAGUAUUGAUCCGCCUGCAACACCUUCACUUGUAACAAGCCGAGCGGCAGAUGUAGAAGGAUGGGGAACACCCAAUGAUGUUGUGGCAUGGAAAGAUCUUCGCAAACAAGGAUAUGCCUAUCAAGUGAUUGAGGAUCAGAGAAAAAGUUUCUCCAGUGAGCGUGAUCACACUUGGCCAGCAACGAUAUCCCACACACCAUCACCAAGAAACGACGACGCCAUGGCACCACCACGCAAUUCACUGUUGAGCCCCGACGACGAAUUGAUCGAUUGGGAUGAUGAUGAUGGAGUUACCAUUAUUACUGAAACACACGCAAGUACUCGAAUGGCAGCGACAACCACCACAACCACAACCACAACCACCAGGACCCAAUCUCCGGCUACUGGAAGAAUGAAAGGUCCCCCAACGACGCCCAAGCCGCAUGGGACUUCCACACGAAGCAGAGGAGCACAACGGGGUACAUCAAUGAGUCGUGGGGAGAUUCCUACACACGAACGUGCUGGUCGUGGAUGGGGUGAUUUCAUUGACGCUUCUCGACACUCUGCUGGUGGUACUUUGACUGAAAGCAGCAAUACAACAAUGACACAUACUCCUCCUCAACAACCACCACCACCACCAUCAUCAUCAUCAUCAGGUGGGCUUUUAAUCGAUACCAGCGAUACCAGCACCAACAUCGGAAUGAAGCAUUCUCCAACAUCAACAACGCCAAUCAUGGAUUCAGCUGUAUGGCGAGAUGUAUCUUCUUUGGCUGAUCAAUCAAGUACCAGUACAUCCACCAAUGACCAACAAAUAUUGCAUUCGUCUGAUAACACCACCACAACCACAACAACAACAAAAUCAUCCCCUUUGACGCCAUUCGCCACCACUGAAGCAGUAAGCAUCAUUCAUCACUCUGCAUCACCAUCAUCAUUAUCACAACAACAAACCAUAUCGACUGGUUCACCUAGGAACAGUAGCCGUAUGUCUAAAAAUGUCCCAAGAGACGGAAGAAAGCUUUUGGCCAAGUGCUCCUUUGUUCCCCAAGACGACCUUCCUCCUAUUGAAAUCUACGAUGGCGAGGAUCUCAAGGCCACGGUUGAAAAGUUUUGUCAACAAAACAACAUCAUGGAUAAGGUAGAUCUCCUUUAUAUGCGCUUGAAUACGUGGUAUAUGGGUCAUCGUACGGAGCAGACUUUGAGCAGCUAUGCAAAGAAAAAAAGAAGCUUGUGA